CCGAGUCUCCGAUGGCAACAAUGGAUUAAUGGGGCCAUGGUAUGUUAAGGCCCAAAAUGGUUUCCAUCGAAAAGGCGGGAACUUUGGUGUUCCAUAGAAUGAACAAACGAUCGUAUUAUCAUUAUGUAUAAUUAAUUUAUGUCCAUGUCAAAAUUCCAGAAUCAUUUCUGUUAUCUUUGUGGCGCCCUUGAACGGAAAGAGCAGAAAGCUGCCCACUCGUAUUCUUCUAACUCGACCACCGGAAAAGAGAGCAGCAGAGACAAAAAAUGGAGGCUAUUCUAAAGAGUUCAUUUGGUUUCUCGGCGUUCAGGCCGUAUCAGAAAGAAGUCAUUCAGGACAUUCUUCAAGGGAAGGAUUGCUUGGUGGUCAUGGCUACUGGAAGUGGCAAGUCCUUAUGUUAUCAGGUACCGCCUUUGGUUGUUGGAAAGACUGGCAUAGUUGUUAGCCCUCUUAUAUCACUAAUGCAAGAUCAGGUAAUGGCUUUAAAACAAAGAGGCAUCAUGUCUGAGUACCUUGGCAGUACUCAGACUGAUUCCACUGUUCAAGCCAAGGCGGAGAAUGGUCAAUAUAAUAUUUUGUUCAUGACACCAGAGAAGGCAUGCUCUGUUCCUAUCAGCUUUUGGUCAAAAUUACAGAAGGCAGGAAUUUGUUUGUUUGCCGUUGAUGAAGCACACUGCAUUUCAGAGUGGGGGCAUGAUUUCAGGGUAGAAUACAAACGAUUGGACAAACUACGAGACGUUCUACCAGGCCUUCCAUUUGUUGCCUUGACUGCCACUGCUACUGCAAAGGUUCGGAGUGACAUCAUUAGUUCUUUGAAGAUGAAAGAUCCACAAGUUACCAUUGGUUCAUUUGAUCGGACUAACCUUUUUUAUGGAGUGAAGUCUUUUAAUCGUGGUCCAUUAUUCUUGAACGAGCUCGUGCUCGAUAUAUCUAAAUAUCUGGCCUCUGGUGGUUCAACUAUCAUUUACUGCACGACAAUUAAAGAUGUUGAGCAGAUAUUCAAGGCACUUGAAGAAGCAGGGAUUUGUGCUGGUAUCUAUCACGGUCAAAUGGACAAAAAAGCACGUGCCGAAUCCCACAGGUUAUACCACUAUUUUGAGGCUCUUAUGGAGAUCUUGUCAUUUAUGAGCUGUUGUGGCCUGUUAUGUAUGUGUUUCUCUGCUUUUAUGGAGAUGUGCCCAAAGAGUCUAGAAUCUUAUUACCAGGAAAGUGGGCGAUGUGGUAGAGACGGUAUGGCUUCUGUUUGCUGGCUUUAUUACACGAGAAGCGACUUUAGUAAAGCAGACUUUUACUGUGGGGAAUCACAAACUGAAAACCAAAGAAGAGCUAUUAUGGAGUCGUUGAUGGCUGCACAACAGUAUUGUUCACUAGCAACUUGCAGAAGAAGCUUCUUGCUCAAUUAUUUUGGGGAAAAAUAUCAGUUUGAUAAAUGUGGAAAUUGUGAUAACUGCAUAGUCUCCAAAAAGGAGCGUGACAUGUCAAAGGAAGCAUUUCUUCUGCUGGCGACCAUCCAAUCAUGCAGGGGUAAAUGGGGACUGAACAUGCCUGUGGAUAUUCUUCGUGGGUCUCGAGCUAAAAAGAUACUUGAUGCUCAGUUUGACAAGCUUCCACUUCAUGGACUUGGAAGAGAAUACUCAUCAAAUUGGUGGAAAGCAUUAGCUAGUCAACUAAUUUCUCAAGGCUAUUUGACAGAGAACAUACGUGAUGUUUACAGAACCAUAAGUAUCAGUGCAAAAGGGGAAAAGUUUCUCAAUGCUGCCAGAGAUGACUGUCAACUGCCUCUAGUUUUGCCGGUGACAAGUGAAAUGAUUGGUGAGAGUGGAGAUGACAAUACAUUAAUUGAAACUGGGAGAAUGGAGAAUUUGACUACUUUGAAGAGUGGACUUUCAGAGGCUGAGGCGAAACUCUUUCAAAUGCUUUUAGACGAGAGAAUGAAGCUUGCUCGAAGCGCGGGAACUGCCCCGUAUGCCAUAUGUGGUGAUCUAACAGUUAAAAAAAUUGCAUUAACUAGACCAUCUACCAAGGCAAGAUUAGCAAAUAUUGAUGGUGUCAACCAGCACCUGCUAAAAAUGCAUGGAGAUCUAAUCCUUCAAGCAGUGAAGCAUCUAUCACAAGAAGUUGGUCUUUCACUGGAUGGUGAAUGUAAAGAAGACGGAAACGGACAAUGUACGUCAGCUCGAAAACUUAAUACAGAAUCCAAUCAAGGGAGACCGUUGGCACCGGCGAAGUUCGAAGCAUGGAAAAUGUGGUAUGAAGACGGUCUCUCAAUCCCGAAAAUCGCUAACUUCCCUGGUAGAUCAGCACCUAUCAAAGAAACUACUGUUUCUGGGUACAUUCUUGAUGCAGCUCAGGAAGGAUAUGCAAUUGAUUGGACCAAAUUUUGUGAUGAGAUUGGUCUUACAUGUUCGUUAUUUUCCGAUAUUCAAUCUGCUGUUUCGAAGGUCGGAUCUACGGACAAGUUAAAAGCUAUAAAAGAUGAAUUACCCGAGGAGAUUAAUUAUGCACACAUCAAGGCUUGUCUGUUCAUGCAAAAAUGUGGAAUAUCCCCCGAAACUACGCUACCCCGAGACGAAAAAACCGACGAACCUAUGAAUGUUGUGCCAAAGUUUUCAGGGAGUCCAACCUCAAAGCAGCAAAAAGAAGAGCCUAAUGUAGCCACAGCUUGUAAUCCUUCAACAGAGGAAAUUCCCAUCUCAUUAAAGCGUCAAAAAGUCGAAGAAAAUCGGGUUCCAGUAAAAGCAACCGAGAGCUCGCUAGUAGAGUGGCUGAAGAACAAUGACGGGGUUACACUUGACAAUAUGAUGCAGCACUUCAAAGGCUCUGAAGAAGAAUCUCUGGUUGCUAUGCUAAAUGCUCUUGAAGGCGAUUUUGUGAUAUAUAGAAAGAACAAUAUCUACAAGCUCAUGUAAGUAAGCCCCAAACCUUUGCUCUAAAUGCUCUUAACAAUGCUAUCAUUUGAUCAGGUGUACGUCCAACCUGACAAUCCCGACCAAUUCAACCUGAAUUAUAAGGUUGAGUUGGAUUGGAUUGGGUUAUUUUUUCUGAACCCGAAUUGCUCGGUUCGGUUUUGGAUUCAUAGGACAACUGAAAUGGGCAGCUUUUGGUACUUGCAAAUAUAUGUAUAAAUCUUGUCCUUAAUAUU